UUUCCAGUGCUACGAAGCCGAUGAUCUCCAUUUUGUGAGAGCCUUCGAAGCAAGGUAGAGUGUCGUGUCCGUGAAAAGCGAGCCUUAGAGAAGACAGGGAUAAAAACAAGUUAAAGUUAGCCGACGAACCGCUCGCUAACCAAGUUGUUAUCCGAAAGGAAAGCAAAUCUUAUCGUAUGUCCGCUAUCCAGAACCUCCAAACUUUUGACCCCUUUGCUGAUGCAACUAAGGGUGAUGACCGCCUCCCAGCUGGGACAGAGGACUACAUCCACAUAAGAAUUCAACAGCGGAACGGCAGGAAGACCCUCACUACUGUCCAGGGCAUCUCUGCCGACUAUGACAAGAAGAAGCUAGUCAAGGCCUUCAAAAAGAAGUUUGCCUGCAAUGGGACAGUGAUUGAGCACCCGGAGUAUGGUGAAGUGAUCCAGCUUCAGGGAGACCAGCGCAAGAAUAUCUGCCAGUUCCUAAUUGAGAUUGACCUGGCCAAGGAAGAGCAGCUCAAAGUCCACGGCUUCUAGGAGCUGCUACCAGCCCUCUCCCCUUCUCUCCUGGAAGGCCACAAACCCCAUCCCCACCCCCUCUCUUAUGUGCUGCUGUUGCUCUUCCUUCCCCCUCACAGCCCCGUCAGCUCCCACUAGUUAACACGUGAAUUACCUCUGACAAACAUGGGACUCUAUAACACCACUCCCCCAGAACACCAGGGGGCAGGCUCACUCUCACAAAGUCACACCACCUCAACAUCACACCACAUCAGGGAUGAGUGGUGAUGACCCUCCCAUUCACUUCUUUCUUUUCACCAU